UAAAAGACAACAGGUAGGGGACGCAGUGAAGGCAGAGGGAGGCAGGAGGGCCAAUAGCCUGGGCCAAGGGAAUCGGUACAAUCUGGCCCGUGUUUGCCGAGGAUAAUGCGCCUUUCCAAAGCCCUCAUAGACAUGGAGAUGGCAGAUUACAGCGCAGCGCUAGACCCGGCUUACACCACCCUGGAGUUUGAGAACAUGCAGGUGCUGGCUAUGGGCAAUGCAGACACGUCUCCGUCAGAAGCAGCCAGCCUCAGCAGCUCCAGCAGCAUUGGGGUGAGCACGCUGUGUGCCAUCUGCGGGGACCGCGCCACCGGCAAGCACUACGGGGCUUCCAGCUGCGAUGGCUGCAAAGGCUUCUUCAGGAGGAGCGUCAGGAAGAACCACAUGUACUCCUGCAGGUUUAACAGGCAGUGUGUGGUAGACAAAGACAAAAGAAACCAGUGCCGGUACUGCAGGCUGAAGAAGUGCUUCCGAGCGGGAAUGAAGAAGGAAGCUGUACAAAAUGAACGGGACCGAAUCAGCACCCGCAGAUCAAGUUACGAGGACAGCAGCCUGCCCUCCAUCAAUGCCCUCCUGCACGCAGAAGCCCUGGCACAGCAGAUAUCAUCCCCAGUUCCUGUGCUCAAUGGAGACAUCCGAGGGAAGAAGAUUGCCAAUAUUUCCGACGUGUGUGAGUCCAUGAAGCAGCAGCUGCUGGUGCUGGUGGAGUGGGCCAAGUACAUCCCCCCCUUCUGUGAGCUGCCCCUGGAUGACCAGGUAGCACUGCUGCGUGCACACGCAGGGGAGCAUCUGUUACUGGGAGCUGCCAAGAGGUCCAUGGUGUUCAAGGAUGUCUUGCUGCUAGGCAAUGACCACAUCAUCCCACGGAACUGCCCCGAGCUGGUGGAGGUGAACCGUGUGGCCAUCCGCAUCCUGGACGAGCUGGUGCUGCCCUUCCAGGAGCUGCAGAUAGAUGACAACGAAUAUGCCUGCUUGAAAGCCAUCAUCUUCUUUGACCCAGAUGCCAAGGGGCUGAGUGACCCGUCCAAGAUCAAGCGGAUGCGGUACCAGGUGCAGGUGAGCCUGGAGGAUUACAUCAACGACCGGCAGUACGACUCGCGCGGCCGCUUCGGGGAGCUGCUGCUGCUGCUGCCCGUGCUGCAGAGCAUCACCUGGCAGAUGAUAGAGCAGAUCCAGUUCGUCAAGCUCUUUGGCAUGGCUAAGAUUGACAACCUGCUGCAGGAGAUGCUGCUGGGAGGCUCAUCGAGUGAAACGCCGCACACCCACCACCACCUGCACCCUCACCUGAUCCAGGAGAACCUGGGAACAAACGUCAUUGUGGCCAACACAAUGCCUCCUCAGAUGCACAAUGGGCAGAUGUCUACUCCAGAAACUCCACAGCCUUCUCCACCUGCGGGCUCAGGAUCAGAGCAGUACAAGCUGCUGCCUGGAGCCAUUGCAACCGUGGCGAAGCAGCCCACGUCCAUCCCACAGCCUGCCAUCACAAAACAGGAGGUCAUCUAGCAGCCCCCACCCAGCCAGCCCCCUUCAGUGCACCGUGUGGGAGAAAAGCCCAAAAGGACUCUGCCACUGUGAAAAGAGAAGCCAUCCAGACGUCCCUGGGCACGGACACACGGACUUGCUUUUUGGACUGACCACCACCAGAAGGUGUCUUCCUGCAGCUACGGACAGCACGGGCCAUGGGCAGCCCCAGAGGCCCAGAACUAAGGCUGAAGCCUUGCCAAAACCCUCAGUCCUUGUAAGGAGGGCCAGAUUCCUGCCUCCCUCUGCGGGGAGGUGGCAGUGACUGGCUGGGGACAGGCUGCUGCCCCACUGCCACCUCAGCACUGGUUCAGCCACAUCAGACCCUGUGAAUGAGCAAUUCCCUGUGCCAUGGGAGUGGAGGGCUUUCCUCCCACAGCCAUGCCAUCCUCCCCGACAGUCCCCAGUCCAGCCAGACUUGGUGGAGGUGGAAGCUCCCCCAGGAGCACCACAGCAGGUGAAGCACAUGGGGCUUGCCCAGGCAGCACUGCCAGAACUGCUCCUCAGCCUUGGCUAGUCCCAGGUCUUUGCGUGGUGUCACCCACCAGCACACUGAGCCCCCCAGCCAGACCUAACAAAUCUUUUCAGCUGAUGCUGGGGCAAAGUCUGGCCCACCAAGAUACUCCACUAUUUGGAUCCCUCUGCUUCUUGAGGGGUUUUGAUAUUUCUGUGCCAUGCCUGCCCUCACCACAAUGCUCAGAGAGGCAACCACUGCCAAGCCCUUCCCUUGCACCACUCACUGCCUUCUGGAAAUUAGAGGGACCUUGGGAUUCCAGAGGUUUCAGCUAAUGGGAUGGGUUCACCCCUUUACAGGCUGGCAGCACUGCCCAAAUAUCUGGCCAACUACUGCUUGUCAGCAGUGAGAAGGCCACUGGAUGCCUAUUUGGAAGGAAGUGGGGGAAAGAUGUAGGAAGGGGAAAGACCCAUGGGGUGAGAAGAGCUUGAGCCUCACAGAUUGGACCAAGGUCUUGGGCUUUCUAAGUGCUGAGAGCAUUGGGACCCAGGAUCUCAGUUCAGACCCAACUUAAUGCCAAGAUAUGCCACACAAUCUGCUUCAAUGCAGUGCCACUCCUUCAGCUUCGAGUGAGUGGCUGAUAACAGAUUUAUAGGUCUUUAUAACAUGAUAAGAUUUCGUUAUGACUCCUUCAGGCCUCAGAGUGUUUGAGAGCACCAGCCUCAAAAAUACAAUUAUUUGGGUCCUGCAGAGAAAAGCGACAGAGGUCCAGCAAUAACCCUGUCUCACCCAAGGCCCUUGGUUCUGCCCCAGCCUUGGGUCUGCCCCCUGCUCUGCUCCCUCCUGCCCCUGUCCCUGUUCCUCUGUGCCUGCCUGUGCCAAAACCCUGCAGAUGUGACCUUUGGUUUACAGCUGAAAGCAGGAAAGGAGCCCUCCUGCUCCAGGUGCCAGCAGGGCUGGAGCUGCCGAGCCCUGCACAUGGCAGGCCUGAGCCACUGCUGGCCUCUCGGGAGGAUGAGGAUGGUGGCCCCACGGCUGCCAGGAGGUCUCUGGUGGGGAUAAAUCUGAGCCAGCUCAGCCAGAGGAGCUGCAGCUGUGUCCCCUGAUUUCCAAUGCAAAAUGAAACACCUCGUGCUGGCGGUGUCAGAGGUGUUGCAUGGUGCCAAUGCUGGUGGCAUCGUACCAAGUAAUUUAUUGCAAUGAUGAAUCCAAUCAUUUUCUGUAAAUUAUUUUGUAAAUCACAUUGAUUAUUUAUAAUUGGGAGAUUAAAUACAAAAAAAACCCCAACCCCAACCCUGUAAUAAGCAGGCUGUCUUUUCCAACUGCAGCAACCUUUUUUCCUGUACGUAGACAUACUUUGUGGGGAAUCCUUUUUGGUCCAUUUGCACCAAGUGUUCCUCAAUAUUGUAUAUUAACUUUUGCUGGUUUCUGCCUUCCAAUAGAAACAGAAGAAUAUUUCUUCACAAGAGUUUGUAUUCAUUAAAAAAAAAAAAGGAAAAAAAAAGAAAAAUAAAUUCAAAAAUAUUUCUAACUUUUCCCAGACAGAUGGAUUUCUUUCUUCUGGGAGGAUUUAUUUUAAAUCAAGGGGCUAACCUCCCUGUUGGUCUGAGCACAAAGCAUAUGUGUAUGGAGAAAAAAGCCCAAACAAGUGUUUGAUGCUGUUGCCAGCUGUCACUAUUUCCUGGCAAGCCCAGUGUGUCUGUCCUGAAGCCACGUGUGUUGGAAUCAUAAGAUUGAAUGACAAUCCAAAUUUUCAUUAAAAGAAAAACAAACAUGGAGAAUAAAUAUUUACUUUCAUGAUUCCAGGGAGCUUAAAGGCUUGAAGUAACCACAUUCUGAAAGCCAAGCAAAGGAAGCUAAAAUAUAUUAUUCACAUUUCAAACAUGUUCAUUUUCAAAGGUAAUUUCUGAGCACUUUGGGGUGAGUGAUUGUCCUUUGUUUCAAACACAGCCACCCUACUGCUGGCAGCAGGUGGGAGCCACACUGAGCCUAUGGGGCACAGUAAGAUGAUCAAGUGAAAAUCAAUUUAUCACUGGCUGUAAAGGUGAAGAAAUACACUGGCAAUUAGAGAAGGCUCUUAAUGACCUGCUUUUCUGACCAUGGGAGGCUGUGCUCAGCUGUAGCAUACCCAGGAAGAGAACAGGAAGAGAGGAGAGAGGUGUAGAUGGCUGUAAAGAUUAGGGCUCUGGGAAGGAACAACACCCAGCAUUUCCAGCUCUGGUCUGCAGGAGCUGGCCCUCAUCUUCCCCCAUCUUCUGCCUCUGAUGAGAGUCAAGGUGGGCAGUCUCAUCCUAGGUACAAGGGAUGAGAAGCAGCCUGAUUUUCCAUCCCAUCAGCACAAACACUGUCCCAGUUCACCAUGCUGGUGAAAACUGCCAGCAGGGAUGAGAUGCAGGGAUGAGAUCCAGACUGUGUUUGAGGGCUGUGUGGAGACAGCAUUUAGAGCCUGUCUCCACUCUGAGUCAAGGACCUGGGAGAACAGGACAGAUCUCAAAUAACCUGCCCUCACAAUCUGUGCACCUGUGAUGAUCCAGAGCCCCAGCAGCACUGCUGAAAGCCUGAACAAGGGAACCAAAGGCAGGCACAGGACAUGAGCUUCCAGCACACACAGGACUGAGUGGUUA